AUGUCCCAUGUUCAUCUAACGAAAUCGUCAACAUGUGAAGCCCACAUCACGAAAGAAUUUCUCUCCCAAGAGCACCGAAUGUUCCUGGAAACGGCGCACGCUUACCAAGACCAGUACAUGUUCGCUAUCACGACUUACACAGCGGGGACUCUUGGGCUCUCUCCGACUGCGAAGGACCAAGAAGUCGGACACAGCCUGUGGGUGGUGCACUGCGCGGACAAGACGCCGGAGGAGGAGUGUGUGGUCAGCAGUUACCGCCGAAAGAUGGUUCUCUCACAGCUGGUGCAAUUCCUGGCGGCCCUUCAGCUGCCCAAGUGGCACGAGAUCAGGUUGUCGCCCGGGUCAAGGGAGGUCGCCACUCCCUACGACCACACAGAGAUGCCCUGGAUCCUCCUCCUGCACGACUCCGCCUCCCGCAGUCGUGUCAUGACCCUCGUGCCCCACUUGGCACAGCUCCUGCAUGGCACCGCUGCGACGCUCACCUUUGACCUGGAACAGGAAGGCGUAGAAGUCCUGGCCGAUCUUGGGCUCUCUGCGUCGAACAUCGUUGCUCCUGCGCUGGCCAUCCUGCAGCCGCCGCACCUCAGGAAACCAACGGCGACGGUCCCGCUGCUGAACGACUACGACGACCCUCUUGAGUGGCUAAACGACCAGCUGGACGACCUGCAGAUCCAGCCCGUACUAAGCAAGGAGGAGCAGGGUUACGCGCCUGUCGAGUCCCUGGACCCGCCACUGACCACCGCCUCUUCCACAGCAGAGUUGCAACAGGACGACGACGAACUGGUGCAAGAAAUGGUGCCUGAGGAGAGGCUGUUGCACGUGGCAGCCCUCGAAGGCCCCGAGGCUCUCAGCGCUGCCCUCGCUCCCUCGCCCUCGCGCACGCUCGCGGCCCUGGCCUUCACGCUACACUGGGACCCCGUGAGCAACAUUCUCCUGCAACACCUGGACAGCAUCGUCCCCCAACUCCACGAGCUGGGAAGCCACGCCUCCCUCUACCGCGUCAACUGCUUCGACUGGCCCAAGGUGUGCGACGCCAACGGGAUCUCGACGUAUCCUGUGCUGCGCCUGCAUCCGAAGGGCGCCAACAACAUCACCUACGACGGGGCCAUCAGCGGGGCCGGCAUCCUGAAGGCGAUCCUGCUCUGCGAAGGAUCUACGCCCUUGGAAGUGACGUCAGGAGAGGUGUUGGAGGAACUGCUUCGUCUCUCGCCCUCCUUGCAUCCUGCCCUCGCCCUCCCCUCGCCUCCUGCCGUGGCCGUGGGAGUUUUUGCGACUCUCAGAGAUGCGGCCGGAGUGACGCAGGCGGCAGCGAUAUUGCGAGGAACCCACUUGGUAGCACGCCACAUUUCUCCUGCCGCCACAUCUUCAAUGUGUGGGAGUCGCGCCGGGUGCGUGGUCGUGGCCAAGCCCCACGACCGCUACCAGCCGCGACGGAUCCUGCGCGACCACCUGAACGACCCGUCCGCAAUCGCCAAUGUCCUGCGAUAUGCAACCUUACCCGUUAUGUCCGGGGGCGCCAAGGCCGAUGACCUGGCUCCCGACCAGUACCACGUGAUCCUGUUCUUGCCGGCCGCGUCCUCAGAGUUCCCGUCGGGCGGCCGGGAGCCGAGGGACGCCGCUCUGGACGCCGUGGGCCAGGUGGCGGCCGAGGUCGCGGGCCCCGACCUCACCUUUUCCUGGCUCUCUAUGUACGGCUGGACUGCAGGACGACCCGACCGCAGGGACAUCUCGCGGUCCUACGGCCUAGACGAGCGCAGCCGCGUCCUGGUCGCCGUGAACCUCCACGCCAAGACGGUCACCGUGUACCCUCACGCCGACCUGGCCCCUUCGUCUCUCCUGCCGUGGCUGCAGGAGGUCAGGGUGGGCGCCUUGGAGCACACCCUGACGCUGGCCGACAACGCCUGGGAGCCCAGUCUGGCAGGAAUCGACUACCUGCGGCUGUUGGAGGAGGACGCGGUGCGCGAGGCCGAGGACACCUUAUCCUCGAGAUGGAGGCCGACCUCAGCACUCGAGCCUCUGCGGGAGCCGAGUAUAAGUGUAGCAAAGCCAAGACCUAUUGCUUUCGCCGAGACUGUCUACACGUAUGAUAUUGGUACCGGGGUCUUGCAGCGCCCCGUGGGAAGGUCCUACGCGUUACCAGCCCGAGAGUUUGAUGAUAUGACUGGUAUUUAUUGUGGAUUUGAUAUCUACUCUAUUGUGCCUGUAGUAUGUUAG